CGUACCGUUGCUCUAGUAUAGUAUACAACAUCCUUGGUGUUAAGUAAUAUUAACUACUUCAAUAAAAUGAAUUUAAAAAGUAUAAUUUAUAUUGUAGCCACCAUAUUAUUAAUAAUGAUGUCGGGUGUAUCAGCUAUCGACGAUCCAGAAGCUUUUCCUUCACCUGUACAACCUGAUACCCCACGACCAGGAGAUUUACCAAUACGAAGACCAGGACAAGACGAUCCACCGGGUUUUUAUGUACCACCAGCACCACCAGUAGCACAACCAUCACCACCACCGAGUCCAUGAAGUAUUCAACAUUUGUUUCAAAUUCUGAAAAUAUGUAUACUUACUAAUAUGUGUAUAAUGUAAAAUGUUCAUCUUUAUUUAUCAUAAUUGUGUUCAACCUUCCGAUUUUUAUUAAUAAGAAUGUAUUUUAAAUACCAUGUUUUGUUGCCAGUCAUAAUAAAUAUUAUAUCUAUUACACAUACCUGUCUACCAAUAAAAACAAUAUU